AUGUUAAUGCCGGAAUUAAUUUUCGGCGAUAAUGAUGCACCCUCAGAGCUAAUGUCAAUAAAUAAAACGGAACGGAUGGACUAUAGCGACCAACAUUUUAACCAUAACCAAAAUGCAAAAGCAUAUCAUGCUCAAAAUGUUAACAAGCCUCAAAAUAAAUCGAAACCAAUGGACAUGCACCGUAGCAACUAUACCGAGAAACAAUUUAACAAGCAGCAACUGGCGAACCAUGCUCAAAAUGUUAAGAAAUCUUCUAAUAAUACACAAAAUACAAAAUCUUGCCCCGGCCCUCGACCUAUUAAAUGUCGUCUAUGCACCAAGAUAAGUGAUAACAUUGCCUCAUAUCGCAAUCAUUUUUGCCAAAAACACAGAGGAAAGGAAUUUUAUAUUUACUGUUGUGGCCGCAAAUACAAUGCCCCCCAGCAUUACGAAAAUCAUAUUAAUCAAAAUCGCAAUGUCGCGUACCAGUGUAAGGCCUGUCAUAAAUGUUUCGAACAAGAAAUUACUUUGGUACGUCAUACCCGCCAGUGUGUUCGGUAUAAACAGGGUCUGGUGCAGAAAAUCGCAUCUAAACAGUUUAAAUGUCAGCAGUGUAAAGAAAUGUUCUCGAGUGAGGUAAUUUUGCGGCAACAUGUUUCUAAAUUUCAUUCGGAUCGCAGACAUCACUGUACCUACUGUGAAAAGAGCUAUACGAAAAGUGACAGUUUGCGUGAACAUAUGGCCAAACACACCGGCAACUAUCUCUACAAGUGUGAUGAAUGUGUCCAGGACUUUACAUAUCGUUCUCAGUGGCGUAAACAUAUGCUAAAAUUCCAUCCACAAAAUGCCAAGUGA